GUAAGAUAAAAAGUUAGUAAACAAGUGCGCGAGAUUUGAAAGGAUCAAGAAGUUAUCAUGGAUUCACCCAAUUCCAAUGUGGAUUUAUUAUUGCAAGAAUUCAAAGAACCACAGACUAUUCCUGCUGAUAAAAUUUUCUGUGAACAAAAAUCAGAAGAAGAAUAUAAAGAAAAUAUUACAAAUGAAACACAUAAACAUUUAGAGGAAUUGGUGGAAUUUCUAGAAAAAAAUCCACAGUCGUAUAAUAAAAUUCUUCUAAAGAGGAAAGUUGAAGAAAUAGAAAAUGGAGGUUUCUUCUCUUGGCUCAAGUUGACAGUGCUACGAUGGUUACAUGGAAAUGAUUGUCCAUCAUGUAUGCUCACGACAGAAGAAACUACAUCAAAAUUACAAUCCUUAAAAACUGGAAUGCAGAAGGUUUUUGAGUAUUCAGAAGCUUCCAAAGACAAAGCAAUUCCGAGUUCAGCAUCUAAAGACAGGACUAAAAAUAGUUUCAGUAGAUAUAGCACACCUGUUUCUAAGACACCUGGGAGCAGGAAAAAGCAGAGACUUGAUUAUUUACAAACUCGAGAGUCUCCUUUUGUACAGAUUAACAUGGCAGAAAUACAUCCAGAAGAUGAGGAACAAGUACAUCAGAGUUACUCUCCUCCACCCCAACCACCCUUACCAUCAAAGUUGUUUACUAGAAGUACUCAAAAAGCACACAUAGAGAUGGUUCAUCCUCCGUUACCCCCAACACCUCAACCUAACAAAGAAGUUUACACCAGGGUAAAAGAUAACACAGAGAAUAUCAAUCCUGAUCAAUCAAGUGAGCCUGUAAGCACCUCCAGUGCUUCGAGUACAUCCCAUGUUACCACGUCAACACCAAACACAUUUGUCACACCUAAAGAUAUUAGAGUACGAAAACAUAGAAGAACAAGAUCCAGUGUUUCCAAAUCAUCAAAUGGCUCAACAUUUUCUCGAUCCAAUCUUUUAUCAGAUCUUCAGUCUAACAAUCCAUUAACUCGUCUUCGAACAACAGCUGUUACAAGAUCCCCAGGAGGGACACCUAUUCGUCAAGAAGUUGUUGAAUCUAGUGAACCAUUGCAUCAGGCAUUGAUUGUUGCCUUUAAAAAUAAAUUUCGUAAUGUCCGUACACCAAGCCCAUUAGCAUCACAAAGUUAUACUAUGGAUAUUGGACAUUUUUCACCUACACUUAAUUUUUCUCCCUGAGCUAUUUAUGAAGAUAAAUGACCAUUUAAGAUAUUAUUUUGAGAUGCAGAUAACUAUAAAAGCAUUAGCCCAUCUGCUGAGUUUCCACUAAAUGUCAACAACCAUAUAGAGAUGUAAAUAUGUGGCUAGAAAUUAUGUGUUUUGCCUGAUUGUGUUUUAUGUGUCUAGAAUGCUUAAUUUGUUUCUGUCUCCAUUCAAAUAUUAUUUCUACUUAUUAGUAAGAACAAUAUUGCUUUGACCAUUAUGGUUUGUGUAUUUCAUGUCAUGAGUUUUACUUCCUUGAUGAUAUAUUUGACAUUGUUUAGUUAGAGACUGGAAAACAUAUUUUUUGGUAAAGACACCAUAGAUUACAACUUGUGAUUGAGAAAUUCUGUUCUAUUUAAAAUCUAAAAAUACUGCCAUUAUGAUUACCAGUAAGUAGAGACAUCACUUAGCUAAGCAAGUGUGUGGUGUUAGUAGCCUAUAGUUAUACGACUAGCUGUGAGCUUUAUGUCCUCUGAUAAACUUGCAGUACACAAAGGAUUUCUUUCUUAUUUAAUUAUUGCAGGCUUACUAAUCACUUUAAGGCUGUGAUUUUAUUUUUCUCCCGUUGUAACAAAUAUAUAUUUUCAGUUAAAUAUAAAUGUUCAGGUUAUGGAUGACCUAAAUAAUUUCAAAGGAAUAUAAGAUUAAAAUGUUAUCUUUACAUGUAAGUUUAACAUAAUGUAAAUAGAUAAUAUUUGAAGUAUCUUUAUGUUUGUGAGGUUUUUUUUAUUUAUAAAUGAUGUGCUACUACAGUUUGAAAGGGAAUAUAUCUUUUUAAUAUAUUAUAUUUUUUUUGGAUUACUGAUUAUUUGAUGACUUUUUUAAUUGUAAGUGCAGGAGUACCUAUAUCUAGAAUCGUUUCUAUAUCAACUGAAGUAUAUUUAUAUUUUCACACAUUCUUAAAGAUGCAUUAUAUAAGACCUAAUUCUGCAUAUUACAGGUCUUUCUUUUGGCCUCAAACUUUAUAUAAAUUAUUAGUCAAAUAUAUAUUCACAUGACAAGCCCAUAAUUGGAUGGUCGCAAAUUUUCAAUGGAUUGAAACCUGAUUGCCAUUUACUUAUUCGAUUUAAAAAUGGAUAAUCAAGACUUAUUUAAUGUCAUAACAAUGGUACUUGACAAUUGAGACUGAUAACUUUGCUCAGAAUAUGGUAAUUUGACUGAAAUUUUUAAUAUACAGUAUUCAUUUUUCAUUAUCUGUUUUGAACUAUUAUAGCAAGAAUGGCCAGAUCUUCAUCUAAAUCUUAUAUAAUGCAUCUUUAAGUUGUAUCAUGGUCUUUAUGGUCCAUGGUUGUAUUCACCAAAAUUUUCUAAUGUGCCAAAAGUUUAUAAAAAGUAUUAUCUUGUUAUACAUUUUCAAAAAACUUGUUACACUCAAAAUAUGCUGGGUGUUUAGUUAUUCAGACUUGAAUGUCAUGUUGAUUAAUAUAUUAUCCAAGUUUUAUUUACAAUUAUUUGUCACCUCCUCUUUAAUAAAGAAUGUACCACAAGACAAAUAUGUAAGAAACUUGACAACAUAAACAAUAAAUGAAAUG